ACACGUAUACUCACUCGAGGGUGGAGCGCUGCUCGUACGUCUGCACCAUCUUUCGCGAGCUGGACCUUCUACGCCUCUCCCCUCCACUUUACGCCGCUCGUGGGAUGCGGCCUCGCUCGCUCGCUCUUUUCGUAAAGGACAGGACGAUGCGAUGCGCCGUUCGCUCGCCUAUCUCCUCUAAUAAUGCCCCUCGUCUAUCUCGUCGCCCCGUUGGUGCGUUGCAGGACAGUAAAAGAAGAAUGGCGCGCGCAGUUCUUUAUUUUUCCACUUUUUCGGAUUUUCGCGCUCAGCGAGUGCGCAUCUUCGAAGUCCCCUUCUCUCCGAUUCUUCAUUUUGAUUCGGCCAGUUACUAAUCAACGCAUGCUCGACUCGUCUCCAUUCCACGACAAAAAGAAGACAAGGCGAGAGAGAAAGAGUCCUUCUGUCAUUGCAGAUGAGGAGCACAUGGAGAUUGCACAAAUGUAGGCACUGAGCAUAGAAACUUAUAGGACAGUCGACAUCAUCUACUGAUCCGUCGCUGUGAGUAAAGCGGCCGUCAAUCUUCCCGC